AUGAAAGCCCAAAAUGUCCCUGAUAACGACCCGGAAUACCUCAAAGCUCACCGAUUCCUUACUUUGGUGCAGCAGCAACAGAACUUUCGUCGCAAACAGCAAAUGCAGGCACAACAACUGCAACAAGCACAGCAGAAUCAACAACAUCAGCCCCCCCCGCCCCCCCCGCCGCAGCAGCCCAAGCAGCAAGCUGUCGCACACCCUCAAGAGCAAGUCAAUGGCUCUGCCGCUAGCCCAACGACAAAUGGUGCCAGCAAGCCUGAUGCUGAUUCCUCUGGUACUAUCGCGAAUGGUGCAGCAUCAGGAAAUGCUACUGCUGUAAACACCAACGGUCAAGCCCCAGCAACGCAAGCAGCACAGCGUGCCGUGGCGCAAUCCAACGGUAGUUUUACACCUGAACAACUUAACCUGCUUCGGACUCAAAUUUACGCGUUCAAGAUGCUCUCCAAGAAUCUUGCUCUACCGGCCAAACUACAACAACAGCUCUUUCCGUCUGGGAAACAGCCAGGACCCACGGGUAAUGACGCCGUUACAGCUGUGAGCAAGGAGCCAGAUGGUGUGCCAGAUACGAGAGCCAUUAUUGCUGAUGAGCCAGCUCAUCACAAGACUUUCUUCUCAUCCUACCAGUCGCCUUAUGAUCUGCUGGCAAAGGUUAUCAGUUUUGCAGACCAUUCGCAGAGAGGAAAACGACAGCACGUCCCAAGUCUUCUACCCUUGGGGCUUGAUCUUGAGCAGGUCCGUGAGGAACAGGAGCGUCGCUUAUAUAAUCGUGUCCAGGCUCGAAAGGCUGAGUUGGCAGCUCUGCCUGUAAAUAUUGCUUCUUGGGACACCAGCAAAUCUAUCGACCCUUCUCCCGACGACACUUUGAAGCUCAAGGCACUAAUUGAGUUCAAAAAGCUGAAUCUGCUUCAGCGCCAGCGUGAGUUCCGCCGGGAAAUCCAGUCGGAAUUAUACGUGUACGACAAUCUUGCCAUGACAGCGAACAGAUCUAUGCAUCGUAGAAUGAAAAAGCAAUCUCUUCGCGAAGCACGUAUCACCGAGAAACUCGAAAAGCAGCAAAGAGAUGCCAGAGAAAAUAAGGAGAAGGCGAGACAAUCCAACCAUUUACAAGCUAUCAUUUCCCACGGCCAAGAUCUUCGCAAUAACGCAAUUCUUCAACAUAAUCGUACCCAGAAACUUGGAAGGAUGAUGGUCACCCACCAUCAGCACAUGGAGCGUGAAGAGCAGAAACGUAUUGAACGUACCGCCAAACAGCGAUUGCAGGCAUUGAAGGCGGAUGACGAAGAGACUUACCUGAAACUCCUUGGUCAGGCUAAAGAUUCGCGCAUCACACAUCUUCUGAGGCAGACUGAUGGCUUUUUGAAGCAGCUUGCUGCGUCUGUCAAACAACAGCAGCGGAGCAACAAAGAAAAGUGGGGUGAAGAUCAAUAUUCCGACGAGGACAUCCUGGAUGAGGACUCAGAAGAUGAGGAAGGCCACGGUAAAGUUGAUUAUUAUGCCGUCGCUCAUCGGGUGAAGGAAGAGAUCUCGGUACAACCUAGCAUUCUCGUUGGUGGAUCCUUGAAAGAAUACCAAUUAAAGGGUUUGCAGUGGAUGAUUUCGCUGUACAACAACAACCUCAACGGUAUUCUUGCUGAUGAAAUGGGUCUGGGCAAGACCAUUCAGUCCAUCAGUUUAAUCACUUACCUUAUUGAGCGAAAACGCCAGGCUGGACCGUUCCUGGUCAUUGUGCCUCUCAGUACCUUGACCAACUGGAAUUUAGAAUUUGAAAAGUGGGCACCAUCAGUCAGCCGAAUUGUAUACAAAGGUCCUCCGAACACAAGAAAGCAGCAGCAAAUGAGGAUCCGACAAGGAAACUUCCAGGUUCUGCUCACGACAUACGAAUAUAUCAUCAAAGAUCGUCCAAUUUUGAGCAAAAUCAAGUGGGUUCAUAUGAUUGUGGACGAGGGUCAUCGAAUGAAGAAUGCGGAAUCGAAACUCAGCAGCACUAUUACCCAGUACUACACCACUCGCUAUCGUCUUAUUCUCACUGGAACACCCCUCCAGAAUAAUCUUCCGGAGUUGUGGGCUCUGCUUAACUUUGUGCUGCCAACAAUUUUCAAAUCAGUCAAGUCGUUUGACGAAUGGUUUAACACCCCCUUUGCCAAUACGGGCAGCCAAGAUCGGAUCGAUCUCUCGGAAGAAGAGUCGCUGUUGAUCAUUCGUCGCUUGCACAAGGUCCUAAGACCGUUCUUACUCCGUCGUCUAAAGAAGGAUGUUGAAAAGGAUCUGCCUGACAAACAGGAACGAGUGAUCAAAUGCCGCUUCUCUGCCCUCCAAGCCAAGCUCAAUCACCAACUCAUGACGCACAAUCGAUUGGUGGUAGCCGAUGGAAAGGGAGGCAAGACCAGCAUGCGUGGUCUUUCCAACAUGCUCAUGCAGCUGCGGAAACUUUGCAAUCAUCCUUAUGUGUUUGAGCCGGUAGAAGAUCAGAUGAACCCAGGGAAGGGCACCAACGACUCGAUCUGGCGUACUGCAGGAAAAUUUGAGCUCCUGGACAGAGUGCUUCCCAAAUUUCAGGCUACUAACCAUCGAGUGUUGAUGUUCUUCCAAAUGACACAAAUCAUGAACAUCAUGGAGGACUUCCUGAGGCUGCGUGGUAUCACGUAUCUCCGUCUCGACGGUGCAACCAAGGCUGAAGACCGUGCUGAGCUUCUGCGGCUGUUCAACGAGCCGAAUUCUCCAUACUUUUGCUUUCUGUUGUCUACACGCGCUGGUGGUUUGGGAUUGAACUUGCAAACGGCAGACACUGUUAUUAUCUACGAUUCUGAUUGGAACCCUCAUCAAGAUUUGCAAGCUCAGGAUCGUGCACAUCGAAUUGGCCAGAAGAAUGAAGUCCGAAUUCUCCGUCUGAUCACAUCGAAUUCUGUGGAAGAGAAAAUCCUGGAACGAGCACAAUUUAAGUUAGACAUGGAUGGAAAGGUUAUUCAAGCGGGUAAAUUCGACAAUAAGUCGACAGCUGAAGAGCGAGAAGCAUUUUUGAAGACUCUGCUUGAGACGGCGGAAGCAGGCGAGCAAACGGGAGACGCAGAAGAAAUGGAUGAUGAUGACCUCAAUGAGAUGAUGGCUCGGUCUGAAGAGGAGUUGGUCCUUUUCAGGAAAAUUGACCAGGAGCGAAAUGAAAAUGGCGAGUACGGGCCUGGGCGGCCGCUUCCACGUCUGAUGGGUGAGAGUGAGCUUCCUGAGCUUUAUAUGGCAGAUGACAAUCCGGCAGAGGAGGUGGAAGAGGAGUAUGCAGGUCGUGGGGCACGUGUCAAGACUCAAGUCAAGUAUGAUGAUGGGCUUACCGAAGAACAAUGGCUUGCGGCUGUGGACGAUUCCGACGACUCGAUUGGAGAGGCGGCAAAGCGUAAGCAAGCGCGGAUUGACAAGCGACGCACCAACAAAGCAAAACGAGAGCGAGAUGCCGCUGGUGGCGGAUCGUCUCCAGAACCUGAACCUGAACGAGAAAGUUCCGAAGAACCAGAACCACUGCCAAAGAAGAAAGUGGGCCGAAAGUCGGCGGGUCUAAAGCGCAGAGGCGAAGAGCUGGAGGAGGAGACCCCAGCUAAGCGCAAGCGUGGGCGACAACCGAAUAAAAUGCCGGACAGCCUGAGCCCAGGAGAGCGGACGAUGUUGCAGAAAGCGCUGAAGGCGAUAUUCGAGUCCAUCAAAGCGCUCGAGGUACCAGACUCGGAUCCUGAAGAACAAUCGGAGGACGAAAGUGAUGACGAGCCUCCAACGCGGUUGAUCAUCGGACCGUUCCUGGAGCUUCCACCCAAGAAGAUAUAUCCCGAGUAUUAUCACAUCAUUCAGGACCCGAUUGCGAUGGAUAUGAUCGAGAAACGAAUCACCUCGCAACAAUACACGAGCCUCCGAGAUCUGAGACAUGACAUCGGCCUACUCGCGAGAAAUGCCAAAACCUUCAAUGAAGAUGGCAGUAUGUUGUACAAUGAUGCAAAUGCAAUCGAGGUAAGAUUGAAGGUCUUGAUGCUGUGCGAGAGACGUGACUGA